UUGUCAAGAUGGCGUCUCCGAAUGGAGGUGAGGACUUUGAGUCCUCUUUACUAAGUUUUGAGAAACUUGACCGGGCUUCUCCUGACCUGUGGCCAGAGCAAUUACCGGGUGUCUCAGAAUUUGCUGCAUCUUUCAAAAAUCCUAUUACAAAUUCUCCGCCCAAGUGGAUGGCUGAACUGGAAUCAGAAGAUAUAGAGAUGUUAAAAGAAUUAGGAAGUUUGACCACAGCAAAUCUGAUGGAGAAGGUGAAGGGCCUGCAGAAUCUGGCGUAUCAGUUGGGCUUGGAAGAGUCCAGAGAAAUGACAAGAGGGAAAUUCCUGAACAUCUUGGAGAGACCUAAAAAGUGAAGAUCCAGACGGUGACCUGCUGACUUGUUGGAUACCAGCUGCAUGUGAUCUUUUAAGGCAAAAUAACAGUAGCAUGCUAUUAGCUUUGAAAUGCUCUUACUAUAGUUUGACUGAUUCCGAGUAAAACAUCAUUUUUGUAUAUAGCUGAGCAUAACAUGUUUUCACUUGAAUGACAUGUGUUGAGUAGAAAUAGAAGUAGUCUAGUGGAGUACUUUUCAAUAAAUGUUCAUAAUGUAUUUAUUUUUCUCUCUGCAGUGUUUAUUACAGUUUAAUACAAUUUCAGUUUAAUAAAAAUUUUGCGUUGGUGAA